AUGUCGUUCAAGACGGCAUUAUUAAUAUUCCUGCUGGUGCCGAGGGUUGUAGUAACAGUAAACCUUACUUCAAAUGACACCAAUACGACAAAUACUUCUUUCAGAUCGCCAUAUGAGUGGAGUGGCGCAGUAAUACAACAAGUGAUAACUUUAUCAGUCAUCAUUUUCUUAACCCUGGUAGGAAAUACACUUAUCGUCCUGGUCUUGUCUUUUUCAAGAUACAGAAACCGUUCCUCCAGAGUCAAUAUCUUCAUUCUAAACUUAGCUAUUGGAGACCUUGCUGUCUGUUUCAUCACAAUGACAUCAGAGCUUCUCUUCGAAGUUUUCGGAGAAUGGAAGCUUGGUCCUAUAGCUUGCAAAAUCAUCGUAUAUGCUCAAAUUGUAACGCUUGCCAGUACUACCUUCAUUCUCACCUCAAUGAGUUAUGACAGAUACUUGGCGAUAUGCCGCCCGCUGAGAAGUACCGGCAGCUUAAAGCAGGCAAAACGCCUGAUCAUAGGAUCUUGGUUGCUGGCAUUUAUCUUCGCAAUUCCGCAAAUCUUCAUUUUUGUCGAGAUAGAAGAACCUGAUCCAGAUAUUUACAUCAUGCGUCUCAAAUGUGAAAGUAAGGGAUAUACAGCUGGAUGGCAACGUAAGCUAUAUUUUUCAUGGCUCACUACCUAUAUCUUGAUUAUUCCUGCCAUAUGCAUCUCCUAUUGUUACAUCAAUGUUCUGCGCACUGUUUGGAAAGCAGCAAAGGAUCAACACCCACAAGGCACUUCUGUAUUUCUUCGUAGAUCCCAAAAUGCAGCAGCCAUGAUACCACGAGCUAAAAUUAAAACUCUUAAACUAACCAUUUGCAUCAUUGCUAGCUUCAUAAUCUGCUGGACCCCUUACUUUAUCGUAAAUAAUAUCCGAAUAUAUAGCGACUACUCUAUCACAAUCUCGAAAAGUGUCAUACUUGGGGUCCAAACCUUGGCUCUGUUCAAUUCUGCACUCAACCCUGUAUUCUAUGGGUAUUUCAACGUGCAUUUAAGGAAAGAUUUCAGAGAAAUUGUUUACCGCAAGAGAGAUCUUGGCGCUUGCCUGGUGGGGCAGUCAUGUGCUGCUGCCGUUCCUGGGGAUUCAUGGGAUACCACUUAUUCCGCUUCCAUGAAUAAUUACAACUCAGAUCCACUCCGACGACAGAAAUCCUGUAGCUCAAGAUUUGACGGCAGAAUAUCGCCAUCCUUUGAUUUUAGUUCCAACAGACCAACAACUUGCCGUUGCUCUGAAGUCUAAAUUGGUAAACAUAUCACGCAGCUCAUUUAUAUUUCAUAAGUUAGCCCUAAAUUUUCAGUCUAUUUCUCUUAUCAUAAUUGAGGUAAAUUCUGUUUUAGCAGUAAUAAAAUAAAAUUAACGGAUAGU